AUGGCAAGAACCAAGCAAACCGCUAGAAAAUCCACAGGUGGUAAAGCUCCACGUAAGCAAUUGGCCUCGAAAGCUGCCAGAAAAUCUGCCAAACAACCAUCCACAGGAGGUUUGAAGAAGCCACACAGAUACAAGCCAGGUACCGUCGCUUUGAGAGAAAUUAGAAAGUAUCAAAAGAGCACAGAAUUGUUGAUCCGUAAAUUACCCUUCCAACGAUUGGUCAGAGAAAUUGCUCAAGACUACAAGUCUGAUUUGAGAUUCCAAUCCAACGCUGUUUUGGCUUUGCAAGAAGCUUCGGAGGCUUAUUUGGUCAGUUUGUUUGAAGAUACCAACUUGUGUGCCAUCCACGCCAAGAGAGUUACAAUCAUGCCAAAGGAUAUGCAGUUGGCUAGAAGAAUUAGAGAGAUACAAAUCGUUGAGUGGAAUCACAUCCCACUAUUCUAG